UGCCUCGACUCUCAUUGGUCAGCAACCUGACGGCGCAUGACGUCACGAAAGGACCACGUGCUUGGCGCCAAAAGCAGCCACUACAGAUGCCUCUGGACGAAUUUCCACGUACUAAGAGCAUGGAAUUCACGACGAGUUCCGGUCUCAGAGGUGGACCUCGGCCUCGAAAUCGUCUGGCGAGAGCUGUGCUCGCCGCGCCAGACCAACAGAAGUACCUGAAGGACCUUACUUUUUAUUCUGAACCGCCAGGAGACACAAUUCCUCUAGUCGACCUGGAAAAUUGGGCUUUGCAGAGGCUUGAACCUCUGAUUUACAUUCUUGAAACAGUCUUGCGAUUAGUGGAGAGAGUUGGGCUGACCAGCCUCCAUUCACUGUCAGAAUGGAGAAAUACCCUCAUCAAUGAAAUCCGUCAAAACAAGCUGAUUCCCAGUUUCUACGUACUGCUUUCAAGUCAUUCAGGCACUGCAGAGGAAGAUCUCUAUGAAGCAAGAAGGAAAGACUAUAUAUCUCACUUCAUCCUUCGUGCUGCAUACAGCACAUCUGAGGACCGUCGGAGAUGGUUUAUCCAACAGGAGUGUGACUUCUUCAGGGCACGCUUUAUGCAGCUCACUCCUCAGCAGAUUGAUUCAUUCCUUCAAGAGCAGGGCUUGCAUUAUGUCAAGCUAAAUGAUGCUGAAAAGAAUGUCAUGAUCCAGUACAUAUUGGGUGAUGACAAGAAUGCAGAGAAGAAGAAGAUGCUGGAUUUGUACAAAGUGCCUUGGUUGGAUGCACUCGAGCUGGUCAGAGGUCGUCGAGUCUUCCUCCAGGCAGGGAUGGCUUACAUCACCACUCAAGAGUUCACAUCCAUUGUGACACAGAAGUUCAGAGAGUUUCUGGAACGAGAAGUGCAGCAUAUGAGCCUCAGCAUGGGGAGGAUACUGGAGGAUGACGAACGGAUGCAGAAGCUCCUGCAAAACUUUGAGAAGUAUUACCUUGGUCCAGACUACAGUAGCCGGGGGGACACGAGUGACCGCAUCACCCUAGACAUGAUUGGCACUGUCAGCAAGGAAAGUUACCCAUUGUGUAUGCGACACAUGCACGAAGAAGUCACAACAAACCAUCACUUAAAGCACUUUGGUCGGCUCCACUAUGGACUCUUCCUGAAAGGCAUUGGGUUGACCCUUGAGGAGCAGAUCACAUUCUGGCGAGGGGAGUUCACCAAGAAACUGGAUCCUGACAAGUGGGACAAGCAGCAUAGGUAUGGGAUACGCCACAUGUAUGGAAAAGAGGGGCACAUGAAGGAGUUGAGCCCAUACAGUUGCAUCAAGAUCAUCACAUCCUCAGUGGGAGCAGGAGAUAAGCAUGGGUGUCCCUUCAAGCAUUGGGAUCCCCGCAACCUGGCCACAAAGCUCAAGAGCAUUGGGAUCACUGAUGCAGGAGUGUCAGAGAUCCAAGGGUUUGCAGUAGGAGGUCACUACCAGAUAGCAUGUGGGAAAGUGUUUGCUUUCACCCAUAAGGGAGCCGAGGUCGGCAUCAAUCAUCCAAACCAGUACUUUGAGGAGAGUCGAGCCAUCAUCACUGGGAAGUUGGGGAAAAAAUCUCUGUCACAGGAAGCUUCUGGUUCUGACAGCGCAUCAAACGUGGCUGCGAAGGUGGGAGGAGAGGAAAUGAAUGACACUGCCCUCUGGGAUGGAGAACUUGAGCCAAUGGAUAUAGAGGAUUCAAAUCACAUCACAGGUUUUGCAUCUGCCUGGGCC